AUGAUAAAACAACUAUUUAUAAGUCCAAGUUGUAAAAUAUCACCAAUAAAUAGAUUUAUAUAUAAUUGGUAUUCAUAUUAUUCAACAAAUAAUAAAUCUCGAAAAUCAUCAAAAGGCAAGAAAUUACCCACCACCACCACUACCACCACCACGACCACAACUUCUUCUUCUUCUUCUUUAUCAAAUCAUUCAUCUUCCAUAAUAGACCCUAUAGACUCCAUAUCAUAUGAACAAUUUCGAAAAUCAAUUAUUAAAAAUGAUAUAAAACAUAAUCCUUAUAAUCAACCAUUUUGGUUAAAACGAAAUCGAACUAUUAAAUUAAAACAUAAUCAUUGGAAUCCAUUGAAAAAAUUAUCAAGAUCUGAAAUGAAUAAAUUAAAAGAAUUAAAACAAUAUUUCCCUCAUUUUACUACUGCUGAUUUAGGAAAAAUUUUCCAUAUUUCACCAGAAUCAGUAAGAAGAAUUUUGAAAAGUAAAUAUAUUCCUAAUGAUUGA